CGGGGGGGCCGGGAAAUGGAUCAGUCUGGGGAGCAGACAGCAGCCCCCGCCCGCCCUGCUAGCGCGGCCGCUAUUGGCCGGCGGCGGCGCUGCUGCCUGUCACGGCGCCUCCCAUUGGCUGCGGCGCGCCAGCGCCUCACGCGCUCCGGCUUCUCCUUUUGUUAUUGUAGCAAACAAGUUGCGGAGCGGCGGCGGCGGCCGGAGCGGGGGGUGCGGGAGCGGCGGCGCGCGGGGCGGGCGGGGCUGGGCACCGGCGCGGGCGGGGCAGGGCCGGUCCGGGCCGGUCCGGGCCGGCCCGGGGGCGCGGGCAGGAUCGGGGGCGCGGGCAGGGCAGGGCCGGGCCGGGGGCGCGGGCGCGGGCGCGGGCGCGGGCGCGGGCAGAGCCGCGCAGCAGCGGGGCCGCGGGCCGGAGCGGGGCGGGCCGCGGGCCGCGGCGGCCGAUGGAGAUGCGCCGGGAGCCGGGCCCGGAGUGAGCAGAGCCGGGCGGCGGAGGGCGGGGAGAACGAGACCUUCGCCAAGCGGGCCAUCGAGAGCCUCGUCAAGAAGCUCAAGGAGAAGAAGGACGAGCUGGACUCGCUCAUCGCCGCCAUCACCACCAACGGCGCCCACCCCAGCAAGUGCGUGACCAUCCAGCGCACCUUGGACGGGCGGCUGCAGGUGGCCGGCCGCAAGGGUUUCCCGCACGUCAUCUACGCCCGGCUCUGGCGCUGGCCCGACCUGCACAAGAACGAGCUGAAGCACGUCAAGUUCUGCCAGUUCGCCUUCGACCUCAAGUACGACAGCGUCUGCGUCAACCCCUACCACUACGAGCGCGUGGUGUCCCCGGGCAUCGGUCUCAGCAUCCAGAGCACAGUGCCCCCCGCGCGCCUGGUGAAGGAGGAGUUUGUCCAUGACUGUGUGCAGAUGGAGGUGCCGCCCGGCCGGGAGCAGGGGGCCAAGCGGGCGCCGCGGCUGCCCCCCGCCGAGCCCUACCGCCAGCCGCUGCCCCCCCUGCAGCUGCCCGCGUCCCCCCGCGCCCCCGCCAGCCUCUACCCCGCGCUGCCCAUGUCGCCCCCAGUGGCCCCCGGCGGCCCCCUGCUCUCGCUGCCCCCCGGCGAGGGGCUGCUGCAGCUCGCCUGCCCCACGCCGCCCCCGGCCGCCCCGGCGCAGCCCCCCCCGCACAACGGCUACCCCAAGCCCUACCGCAGUCCGCCGGCGAGCUGGACCGGUGUCUACGCGCCCGGCCUGGGGGUGCCCCCGCCGCAGCCCGGCCCCCGGAGCCACCCGCAGCCCCCGCUCCACCACCCCAACCACUACUGGCCCCCCCACCAUAGCUCCGGGCCCUACCCGCAGCCGGUGUCCACCCACCCCGGGCCGGAGUUUUGGUGCUCCAUCGCCUACUUCGAGAUGGACGUGCAGGUGGGCGAGAUCUUCAAGGUGCCGUCCAGCUGCCCCGUGGUCACCGUGGACGGCUACGUGGACCCCUCGGGGGGCGACCGCUUCUGCCUGGGCCAGCUCUCCAACGUGCACCGCACCGACGCCAGCGAGCGGGCCCGGCUGCACAUCGGGAAGGGCGUGCAGCUGGAGUGCCGCGGCGAGGGCGACGUGUGGAUGCGCUGCCUGAGCGACCACGCCGUCUUCGUGCAGAGCUACUACCUGGACCGGGAGGCCGGGCGGGCGCCCGGGGACGCCGUGCACAAGAUCUACCCUGGCGCCUACAUCAAGGUGUUCGACCUGCGCCAGUGCCACCGCCAGAUGCAGCAGCAAGCGGCCACGGCCCAGGCAGCCGCCGCAGCCCAAGCAGCCGCUGUGGCCGGCAACAUCCCGGGGCCCGGCUCGGUGGGCGGCAUCGCACCCGCUGUCGGGCUGUCGGCGGCGGCGGGGAUCGGCGUGGACGACCUGCGGCGCCUCUGCAUCCUGCGGCUGAGCUUCGUCAAGGGCUGGGGGCCCGACUACCCGCGGCAGAGCAUCAAGCACACGCCGUGCUGGAUCGAGGUGCACCUGCACCGGGCCCUGCAGCUGCUCGACGAGGUCCUGCACACCAUGCCCAUGGCCGACCCCGCGCCCCUCAACUAGCCGGGCCCCCCGCGCCCCCGGGGUGCUGCCGGGCGGCGAGGACGGCGGCCCCGGCGGCGGGGGGAGGCCCCGUGGCCCCGUCCCCCCCCCCUUGGAGGCCCUUUUCUUUUUUUUAUUUAAUUUUGUAAGAAAAAGCCAAAAAAAAUUGUAAAAGUACCAAAAACGGGGGGUUGGGGGCAGCAGGGCUCCUUUCUUUUUUUUUUUUUUAACUGUUAUUUAAUGAACGGGGUUUGGUUUUUUGCCGCC